UAGGAGAAAGAAAAUAGUUGUAUAAUUGCCAUUACAACUGCGUUAAGAUAACAAAGUUUCGUUAAAUAUCAUCGAGCAGUACACAUUGUAAGGAUUGAUGUAACACGUAACACAGAUGUUUGUAUGUUCUCUUAUACUCUGUUUUAGCCAUUCAUAUUUCAUGAACAAACCAUACUAUACACUUAGUUUAAUCGCAAUCAGCCAGAGAGCUUAUUAUUCUAUAUCUUACCAAGUAAUACGUUUUUCCUUGUAUGAUACAUAUAUUGUUUAUAAAAUAUGUGUAUGUAUACUGAUAUUCCAUAAAUACUGUGUUAAUUACGAUCAGACGGCGUAAAUAUCGUUUUACAAAUAACGAAACGAAUAAUUUAAAAAAAUAUAGUAUAGUAUAUACAUUUAUAGUACAUUUACAUCAAUGUUUAUAUCAAUAAACUACGUAAAAAAUCAUGAAUAUUACAUUAAUCGAUAGAAGACUCUGUGAUGGAGCUUUUUAUUUUAUAAAUUAUUAAAUGAACAGGAUAUAUUCCUUCUUUUCGCCUUGCGUCUAUAAUAAUAACAUAUUCUACGAUCAUGUUACUAAUUAAUUACAAUCACACUUAUCGUUCUGCAAUAAGCGCGUCGUUUAUAAAUCGUCAAACUGCAUAAAUCAAAAGGUACAAGAAAGUGACGAUGGCACAAGCAUUGUUUUAUAAAUUUACAUUAGGAUUUACUAUUCCUGAUUUAUGCUAUCUUCUUGCGAUAAGCGAAUCUAUGAAAUUUGUUUCUCGUGAAUUCGACGUUAAUCGUCCACUCGUACAGCGAAAUUAGGAAAUCAGCAAAAAGUCGAGUUGACCAAUUUCGGUUCUGAGGCGUUCAAGUAACAAUAAGCAUAACGGCAAGACGAUAUUAUUUCUAACAAAUGUAAUGUAUCUGAUGUAGUCUACUAGACAUUCGCAAUAUCUGCUCUAUGCGCCGCUAUCACGCGACCGCGAUUUACAUCUCGGCAAAGAGAAAAUGUUUAAUCGCCUUUCCCGAAAACCGGCGGCGCCUUUCCAAUUACGCUUCUCCUGCCCGGCGAAACAAGCUACCUCGCAUGCAGCUCGCACAUGCACGCGCGCUAAAUAACCAUAUGUCCUUUAAAAGUCCAACCAGUGAGAGUUCCACAUUCAAAAACAGUCCCGUCUCCGUUCCAGGGCUCGUCCGUCAGGUUGAUGCAAUUUGGCCAAAGCUGGGGAAAAACGGAAUACGAGCCAGCCAGCUGAAGGUGGGGGCGGAGGAGUACAGCAGCAGGUGGAGGGCAGGGGACGAGAAAAACAUUGCAAAACUUGGCGUUCGAACGUUGAUCCCCACACGGGGAUACCAACCUAGCGCGAUCCAUGGUGGGAUAGCUUCGAGCACGUACACGCUGGAGCUGUUUAGAAAGUCCGACAACGAGAACACGCUGAGGUACACCUUGGUACCAGAAGACAUACCCAUCGGAAAGGUGUACCAGAAGGUUCAGCAGCUUCAACAGCUGGUGGGGGUAACCCUAAGCUAGCGGUGUCAGACGGUGCUGGCCGCUCACUGCUCGUCGAUUCGCCGAGCGAUCGACAUCGAAGUGUUCUCGUCGAUCGAGGAGAAGAGAGAGGAUUUUUCGAGAUACCACGUACAGCAAGAAAGGUAUCGGUCGUAGUCAGAGUCAUUUAGUCAAUCAGUGCCUUUGGAAGAAGAAGAUAAAGGUAC